AUGGCAGUCUCACCCGCGGCGACGGAGCCCUCGUCCUCGACGUUGACGGACUGGCCUAUCUAUCCGACAAGUCCUGGCGUGUGGCAGUGCAUGUCAAUCAGCAAUCAGUGGGCGCACGCUUCGCACACAACUGAGGGUCUCCUCAAUAUUCCUCAGCCCUGGCUAUUCACUGAUUCUGGUGCCUCUCGCAGUCUGCGACACAACAAUCAUUCUGAGCUACGUCGCACGCUCCGUGAAGAGCUAGCUGUUGCUCUCAACGACCCCACAACUCUCUCUUUCGACGACGAACACCUUUUUGACAUUGUCCCCAGCGCCCUUGCACAACACAACAACCUCUCACCGCAUUCCCCGAGCUCUCCAACGCUAUCCUGGCUCUUUGAUUCGCCUCCAACAACGCGUUCACCAUCCCCACUUCACAACACAAAUAUUCCUUCUCAAAAUAUGGCUACUCCCACUCCCAUGCCAGCCAGAGGCGAUCGAAACGCCCCAGUCUUUGAUUCGUCCAAGCCCCACGAGUUGCGCCGUUAUUUCCUCGAUCUGGAGUUCCUUCUAGCUCGAUCUGCCGUCACUGACGCUGCCCAAAUGAAGGGGCAUGCGGUCAGAUUCCUUUCCGUCGAAGAUCAGGAGAUUUGGGAAGGUCUACCGUCAUUCUCAGACGCCAACAAAUCGUACCACGACUUCAAAUUGGACGCCCUCAGCCUCUACGCAGGGAACGACACAGAUCGUCGUUUCAGCCUCGACGAUUUGGACAUGCUCGUUGGGCAGACAUCUCGCAUGGGAAUCCACACAAAGGACGACCUCACACAAUUUUAUCGACGAUUCCUACACAUCACAACAUUCCUGAUUAGCAAACAACGACUCUCUGUGGCAGAACAGAGCCGAUUUUUCCUUCGAGCUAUGAAUCCAGCCUCGUUGUCCGUCUCAGUUCGCCAGAGACUUCAGAUCAAGAAGCCAGACGUUCACCCUGAGGAUCCAUAUGAUUUGUCAGAUCUGUACGACGCUGCUAAAUUCGUCCUUUCAGGAUCAUCGACCUUACUUCCUGGAAUGCCCACGUCUCAGCCCGGAACCAAGCUCACAAUCAAAUCAGACCCUGGAAUUACUGCACUAGUUUCAUCUGUCUCAGAUCUAGUUCGAAUAAUCGCUGCUCAACACGCCAAUCCUGGUGCCCCAGCACAAUCACAGUCCGCCAACGCCCUGCCCCGCCGUCGCCGUCCUGAUGGCUGCAGUUAUUGCAGUGAUCUCGAGCAUUUUAUCAGCCAAUGUCCCCACGUUUCGACGGAUAUUCGAGACGGAAAAUGCCGCCGCAAUGUGGAUGGGAAAGUCGUCCUCCCUCAGGCGCAUAUGUGCCAAAUAUUGUCCAAGGAAAGGAUCUUCGAGAGCGCAUUCAGAAGUGGCAUGAAGCGAACCCAGAAUUUGCUGUCUUCUGCGGCGCCUGGGCUCGUUCAAACGUUCAAACUCACGGACGAAGAACGAAUGGCAGUUCUGACGGCUGAAAUUAAUCAACUACGCACACGGGCCCAAGCUAAACGCGCUAUGGAAGUUGCUAAUCAACCAGAAGUCCCUGAACGCACUAUUCCACCGGCGGUAGCGCGAAAUCCAGUCGUUCCACCUGUUCCAAUCGAAACCGUCCCUCCUGCGACCGCCCCUGCUGCUCCAGUUGCCCCGCCUCAACCCCCAAUCCAUCCGUACGCCGCAGCUCGUGAUGGCGCUUACGCACCGCCCAAAGAACGAAAUGUUGGGAUUCCAGCGCAGAAAUCACAACCCCCACGCUCUUCGGCUCCGAUCUACAACCCCAAAGAUGCUGCAGCUGUUUUUGACGCCAUUUUGGACAUCCCUGUCACCCAGACGCUUCGCCAGACCCUGUCGAUUGCCCCAGAAGUCCGUGCUCAAUUCCGCGAAGCCACUAGUUUCCGUCGUCCCCCUGCCAAGACUGGCGAGGCAGUGCCUCAAUUCCUGCAUCCUGUCACUGAUAGCACGCCCUACGACCUUCCAUAUGCUCAGGACGACUCAGAUUUGGUCGAAAAAGUGCUUCAGCAGCAACGAAACGAAGAUGCACGCCUUGCUUUGGCUGCGGAGCAUUUUCCAGUCGCCUACAGCCAGACGUUCCCCCCAGACGCUUGGGUGGUCCCAGAUAAAUUCGCCGGCGGUAUUGCAGAUAGGACGGGUAUGGGCACAGGCUCGAGCGUCGGAGCACUCUGA